AUGCCGUUGGAAGUAUGCAAUUUGGAUGCGCCGUUUAGGAGAUAUCACGUUUGUACUGAAGACUGGUUAACAGCCGGCCGAACGCACUCGGCCGGACAGGAAGGGAAUUGGCUUCGCUCGGCCUUCUCCAGGACCGAUCCGGCCGCACGACCGCACCGUCCGAGCCCGGGAGGCAAUGGACCACGAUCGACCGAGAACAUCACAUCACGGCCGACCCCGACGGCCGACCACAUCCCUUGCACGGUCGACCCGAUGUCCGCGAACAAGAAGCCCACUUAUGCAGUUUUGACAAUUCUCAGCCCAAUUAACCUAAACCGACUUGUGAAGACCUAG